AUGUAUUGCACUCCCGCCGUGAAUCGGCGUAAAUUUAACAUUCUCUCCCUCGGUACUGUGGCGAAACGUACUGAGCUGGAGAAGGCGAUGGCUGCACGCCUGUGUGGUGAUGUGGACUGUAUAGCCACAGUGGGCGACCUGUGGCACCACAUUCGCGACCAGAUGACAGCUGCUACCGUGGAGACCAUCGCGCGAAUAAACUGUAUGCGGCUUGAUUGUUUUAAUGUGAACACCGCUACGAUUGGCGCAUUGGUGUCUGUAAAGCAUGCAGCAUUUGCUGCACAUGUGGCAGAUCCCAGUGACUUGGGGAAGAAGAGAAAAUUUCGGCGAAAUCGACGACGACUGACCCGAGAGCUCCGUCGCAUUAAAAAUGCAUGGUGGACGGAGAAGGCGAAGAAGAUGGAAUGCUACGCCGAACGCUGUCAACAUAAGGAAUUCUUUGACUUCUUGAAAGCGGUGUAUGGACCGAGAUUGGCGCCAGUGAGGACACUGAUGGAUGGUAGUUCAGGCGCUACCUGCACACAGACUGCAGACACAAUGCGGAACUGGCGGAAACACUUUGACUGUCUCUUGAACAACCGUUCAGAGAUCGAUUGA